AUAGAAAACAUACAGAUCAGAGGUUCUUUGCUACUGCUAAAUUAAUUAGUUAACCCACUUUUUGAAUCACAGAUUCACCGUGUUGAUUUAUCAUACUUCAGGUGUUCUAGCAAGGUGGAAUGGAGAUGGCAUCUAACCUCGACCACAAUACCCAGAGUCUGUCCAGAUUCCCUUACUGCUUCACAGAAGAAGGCCACCUGUGCCACAGGGUCACAGGCGAGUCAUAUGCAUUCCGCUUCAACUGUCACGACGUCGAGGGCACCCAGCGAGAGCAAGCAACCCUCUGUAGCUUCAUCACCACGUAUGUCUACAACAUCCUCGAGCAUCACCUGCAGCUGCAAAGGGCGUUUCUGCCCCAUAGUGAGGGCUUUGUGUACACGAGUCCCGGGGCACUGAAGAACAAGAGGGCCCUUCUAGUGCUGAUCCAGGAUGCGGGCUCCAUGCAUUGUGGGGUGUGGAGCUGGAGAAUGGUGGUCCGUGAGUGCCUCAAUAAAGGCAGCCAGAUUCCCUACAUACUCUGGGCCAUGACUGAGAGCUGGGCGGUGUUGCUCAUGAAUCCAAACGAGGGAGGGAAGUCGCCUGAGGAGCACGUCUGCUGUGUCUGGGACUGCAUGAUCUCCCAGAGUGCUGCUGAGCAUGUUGUGGUGGUCGCUCAUGGUUACGGUGGACUGGCAUUUGUGGAUCUCCUGUGUCGGCGAGCAGAGGGAGUGGAGAGCCGUGUGUCAGCAGUUGCCUUUAUAGACUCCUCCCACAAUGUGUGGCACCAACCCCUGAGGGUGGAUGGGCGUGGAUGGCUCCGUGCCCACUCUAGGAGGUGGGUGUUGAGCAGUAAACCCCUGAACGGACCGGUGGGCACUCUAAGGGCUGGCAUGCAGCUCUCCACCGGCACCCUAUGCCACGACAGUGCCCCAGCUGCCUGCAUGGAGUCUGUGUUUAGGUUCUUCACCAAGGCAAUAAGACCCCGAGCAUCACCUACUCCCUUUAAUAUCAUCACCAGAAGCAGGCGCCUGGCCCAGGAAAGGGAUAUCAGAGCUGGCAUCAACAGCCAUGACCACAAUAAAUAAGACACUAUUAUUUAGACUUCUGUCAAUUACAGCACCUCAACAGAUGAGCUAUUUUCUUAUGAUGUAUACAAUUAUUUCACUCUUAUCAUAGUUUUGUUAUUGGGAUCACCUGAAGGUAAUAAAUGGUGAAAUCUGUGGGUUUGUUGUUCACUGGAGAGUAUCAU